AUUGGAUGCCGGCAGCAGGGAAGGCGGCGACGAGACACACCAGGUGUCAGAGACGAGCAGACACACACCACAACGAGAACAAUCCGAGUUCUACCGAGUAUUUCCGCCAAAGGUGACAGUCAGACGGAGGCCUACCAGCCAGCCCACCCACCAGCAGCCCCACCAGCCUACGACAUGGGCCCGUUCGUCUACGUCAACCCUGUAACCUGCUCGCUCUUCCUCCUCAUCCUUCUGGUCUUCCUCUGCAUGUACAUCGCCUUCAUCCGCACACUGCGCAAGUCUGUCUACGACAUCCGGAAGGAGAUCGAGGUCAGGAGGUCACGGGACAAGUUCCUCCAUUGUGGGUGCGUUCAGCAGAAAGACAGGGAUUAUGUUGCAACUUAG